UAAACUUAAAAAAAAAAACACAGAAAUUAUAGCGACCACAUAUCACAACAUUUCCCAUGUGCAGCUCUGUAAUUCAGCACCAAGGACGGGACCAUUUUGCUGUGUUUGGUGGACGUUUUUGGCGACAGGGAUAUGUGUGAUCAAUUUUUGAGUAUUUGCGUAUUGCAAGUGAAUGAGAAAGACGGGCCUAUUGGCCUGUGUGUAGAUGGUUGCUUAACAAUAGGGACAAACUAGGGUUUCCCUUGCCUGGUACACAAUGCUAUAUUUGUAUAACUACAAACUGACAAUAACAGAUAUAUCUAUUGUUCGAUGUUACCCUUUCAGACCGUUGUGUCAAAGCACACGUCUACAACAAAGCGCAGAGACAGAAGAACCCAGCCAUACAACACCUCAUGGCUGUCCGAAGACGUGGAGUCUGAAGACGACAGAAGCUCCAGCCGGAGCAGGCCGCGACAGGAGAGGCACGGGUCACAUCAGGAGAAGUCUUCACGGAUCGCGUCCUCCACUCCAACCGCUCCUCACGUCCCCGCUGUCCCGUCCGGAGAGGAGAAGAUACGGCUGUCUCGGGAGAGGUCUUCACGGAUCGUGUCCUCCACCCCAACCGCUCCUCAUGUCCCCGCUGUCCCGUCCGGAGAGGAGAAGAGACGGCUGUCUCCUCCUCCUGCCGUGCUGACACUCCGCCGUGUCGCUCCGUCUACUCACCACAAAGCCAAGGAGGCCGCUGGAACAAGUAAAGAGUACGCAGUCGUACAAACCAACCAACCAACAAAUCCAAAAGUUUGCCAUGACGACACAGGUAGCGUAAAGCGCCCUUGCUCUACCUUAGAGGACUCGGACGAGUCCCGUCGUCAAGAUGGUAAAGGCAGCAAACGUCGGAUUUCGUUCCAAGAGUACAUGAACAGAUGCAGGAGUGGUGAUAGCAGAAACGUGACCGCUAGUGCAACUUCGGUGCAAACCGGCAUCAAGGUCCCGGAUGAGACGGAGAAGAGUCCAACUUCUGAUCGCCGAGUGAUCAAAGCACGUCGGCGGAUGAGCCAGCAUGAGCUAGCGGAAGUCUCGUCACAAAUACGCGCCCGUAAAGAGGCUCUAUGCCCUCUGAUAACGGAGAAGAAGACGACUGACCCCACAAGCCGCCCUACCUCGUCCCAACCCGAGCUAGCACACAGUUCAGCAACACGCUGUUGCGGCUCAGCUGAUUUGAGUGCCGCUGCACAAACCCAAGAAGAAACACCUGCUGUCAGCACAGACGGCAAGAGCCUAGGCGUACGUCACGGACGUGACGUCAUCACGCAGAAGUCGACGUCAUCGAGAUCAAGCAUUGGGAAGUCCCUCAUCGAGUUCCUCAAACGAGAGGAGGAGAAGAUCCGAAGAGACAAAAAGCUCCGGAAGCUCUUCCGCAAAAAGGCGGCGGCACUGGCCGCGAAGAUUGGAGGUAAUGGAGCCAGGCGCAGCAGCGGGCCUCCAGCGGCAGCGGAGUUACAGGAGAAGUCGGUCAGAUCAGGUUCUUCAAAACGCGGGGACGGACGUCUCCAGUAUGGUAUGGGUCAGUCAAAGAUGCCGCCUAGCGACCAGGAGACGGAUAGCAGACCUCCGGCCCAGCAGUACCCUCUCCAGCCAAGCAGCUUUUCACAGAUGUCACAGAGUGGUGGGAAUGUUCAACGUUUCCUAGCGGCGACGUCUAUCGCUGCACCACCCCAAAACGUGCCCCAUGGUGUCCGGACGGACAACCCGAGAGACAACAGGCUCCGUGACAUCGUGCCUGAUGGUGUCCGGACGGACAACCCGAGAGACAACAGGCUCCAUGACAUCGUACCUGAUGGUGUCCGGACGGACAGCCAGGCAGGAUACAGCAGCGCCCACAGACACAUGACGUCAUCUCGUCCUGACCAGUUCCCUCCCAGUGACGUCAGACAGUCACGUUACAAACGGCAGCCAGGGACCACGACAGACUUGCGUCGCCCUGCUGAUGAAAACGCCCACAGACGACGGCGCGCGCCACGAUCUUCAACUCAGACACCUCUGAGGUCCAUGCCCAUCCAGGCUGUGUAUACAGCAAGGGAAAUUGAGCAGGGCAUUCGCACCAUCCGAAAUGCCGAUGCUGAAGUUCCCUCCUCACACGAGCAGAGGUUGGCGGUUCCUGCACCGCGGCUGUCCAAUCCGCUACUCCUGACGUCACCGCCCACACCGCGGCUGACCAAUCCGCCACUCCUGACGUCACUGCCCACACCACGGCUGGCCAAUGCGCCACUCCUGACGUCACUGCCCACACCACGGCUGGCCAAUCCGCCACUCCUGACGUCACUGCCCACACCACGGCUGUCCAAUCCGCCACUCCUGACGUCACUGCCCACACCACGACUGUCCAAUCCGCCACUCCUGACGUCACUACCCAAACCCUGGCCUUCCAAACCGCCACCCCUGUCGUCACUGCCCACACCUCAGCAGGUUCUACAGUUUAUGAGGGAGCAAAGAGCCAGUAUGUUUGGUGAAGCAGCCGUACGUCAGCAGUCCGGCGACGCACGACAACAGACGUCACUGUCCACGCCAAUGACAUCACCUCUCAUAACAGUGGCUCUUCAGAAGAACAACAACAACCAGCUGCAGGCGGGACGCAGUGACAGACCUCCACCAGAGGAACCACCCAUUGCAGUGGGGUCAGCGACAGCAUGGAUGCCGGUACAGGGCCACUCCAGUACGGGUCGUGAAGCUGCUAAGAAGAGCAACAACAACCCGGCAGGUCGCAACGACAGAGCGACACGAAGGAAACCCCGCGUUGCAGUGAAAGCCGGGAAAACCGACAACUCUGCCAUCUUGGGGUCAGCUACAGCAUCGAUGCCGAUGCAGGGCCGCUCCAGUAAUCGGACAGCGAUGGCUGUACCACUAAUGACGCCAACGUCAGAUAUGAACAACAACACAAUCACGGAAUCAGCGACACCAGCUUUGCCGGUAGUGUUGCCAGACAGAAUUCCUUUAGAAGACGCCAUACGACUGCUAGUUGGGACAGAAAGCAAGGAUGACCCAAGUCCCCGCGUGGACAGUUCAAUGGCAGAAACGGUAGAGUCCUCCACCAGCACUGAUUCAAUGAAGCGAGCUCAGGGCAGCUCAGAUAACAGUGCUACUACUCGCAAAAUGGAACAAAGCAGUGGAAGUAGCUCCUCGAACCUCCUGCCAACCAGCCAGCCGACUCGUCAUGGUGACAAAAGGCCUAAGAAGCGUGCGCGCACCGGGACAGAUACUGGUACAGGCAAACGGUUCAAGCCGCAAAUUAACCUAGCGUCAAUGUACAAUACGUGUGAGCCUGUCGACGUUUCCGACGCUUCGUACAACGUGAAGAAAGACGACGGCGUCGACGGCUAUGAGACACCGUGGAACUUCGGCGUCACCCCUAACCUGUCCCUGAGCCGCUCAGAGGGCGGGCUGUGGCACUCCUGCAAGCCGGUGAAGAGCCUGAGCAGACCGCCGCCUCUUCCUCCGUUAUACCGUCCCCGUCCCCCGGGGCUGGAGCACGUCCAGGACAGCCCUCCCCCGACCAGCCCGGGUUCGCCGCGCCACCCUAGCUACCCGCUCCGCUUCGGCGCCACGGGGAGAAGCAAACCGAUGGGUCAGUACCUGACGCCGUACCGCGGCUCCCCGUUACAGUCCACCUCCACAUGUCCCGACCACAUGGUGGCCAGGUACCAGAACUACGUGUGGAUCGAGCCGUAUGACUGGACCGACUCCGGGCUGUGCGACAUGGUUGACGCGUCAGUCGACACGGCUGUGCCAAACAAGCAGGAAGAGGGACAAGAUGCGCGUGCGAUGGACAUUUGA